AUGGAGGACAACCCGCCAAAGCUCGACUCCGAGUUGGAGUUUUUCCGGCAGCAAUGGCAGUCAGAGCUCAAAUCCAAAAAACCAGUUCCACAAGCGCUGUCACCUCAGUCAAAGAAACCCUCACCAUCAUCAUCCAAGGCUGCUGUGCCGCCUGAAAGCUCUAAGAACAUAGCAGUUAAGAAGUCUCAGGUUGAGGAAGACGAGGAAUAUGCUCGCUCCUUAUCUUUUGACGAACCGCCACCUCCUACAUCUUCAGGGAGAACUUUGGAGCAGCCUGCGUCACCAAAGGCAAAGGAGCUAGUCUCGGCUCUUGAUCACUUCGAGGAAGCUGUGGAAAAGGAGGCGAUUGGCAAAUUGGGCGACAGUUUGAAGCUUUACCGGAAGGCUUUCAGGCUGGACAACCGGGUAGACUUGGCGUACAGAAAGAAACAUUUUCCCGCUGCGGUCUCGAAACCAUCACAGUCCUCAACGUCAAAUGCGCAGGUCGCCGCCUUCAGUACGACGGGCAAGUUGUCCGAGACUCAGCAACAAAGCAUGAGUGAGCUGAUCGCAAGUUUCUCGGGACUCUCUGUUGCGGCCGCGCCCCCGCCUGUGGAGGGCGACCCGGCGCCUCCAUGUCCCAUUGCGGAUCUCCCGGAGGAAAUCCUUGUUCACAUUUUCAAGGACCUCGCAGUUCUUGACGUUGGGGACUUCGUGCGGUUGUCGCUCGUAUGCAAGCGCUUCGCCUACAUUGUUGCCACUGAGCAACAGAUCUGGCGUCGUGUCGCACUGGGUACGGAGUUUGGUUUUGCCGGAAUGCAUUAUCACUGGCAAAAGGGCAUCGCAUGGGAACCCCUAGAACAAGAUGAUGAAGCUGAAGACAAUGAGUUCGUUAGCAUGGAGGAGCUUACGCAGAGACGUAUUGAUGAGAACGAAGCCACCACGUUGGCAUUGCUGCCAGAGCUUUACUCAUCGUCUUGGUCGAAAUUGUGGCGGCAUCGACCUCGCGUCCGCUACAACGGCUGCUACAUCAGCACCGUUAAUUACAUCCGAGCCGGACAGGCGAACGCGAACCAAAUCACUUGGAACAGCCCGGUGCAUAUUGUUACGUACUACCGAUACCUCCGCUUCUUCCGCGAUGGCACCGUCAUCAGCCUCCUUACAACCGCCGAGCCAGGGGAUGUCGUACACUACAUGACCAAGGACAACCUGGAACAACAUAGGGGUGGUCAUGCAGCUUACCUGCCAUCCAUCGUCAUGCAACACGGCCUUAAGGGGCGAUGGCGACUAUCCUCGGCUCUGGACCAUCCAGACGCGCCGUUGAGUGACGUGGAGGGAGAACUUUUCGUCGAGACUGAGGGCGUGGGGCCAAAGUAUAUCUACAGGAUGGAUCUGUCAAUGCGAAACGCUGGCAAGGGCGCGCGGAACACCAAGCUUGUUUGGAAGAGCUUUUUCAGCCACAACAGGCUAACAGACGACUGGGGUGAGUUCGGCUUGAAGAACGACAAGCCAUUCUUUUUCAGUAGAGUCAAGAGUUACGGUAUUGGGGAGUGA